CUUUUAUCGUUACCUUCGUGUGCUUUACGAGCAUUCAACCCCUGAGCCGAAAGACCAGCAUUUAUCACCUAAACGGAAAGACAUCUUGAUAUGUGGCGUUACCAAGACCCUAUGCCUGAGCUCGUGAGGAGCCUAUGGAAGGUUGCGCAGCAAAAGUACCAAAUUGAAACCAAAAGGAGGGAUGGGAGAUUGGAAAGAAUCAUUCAACAUGCCUGCGUAUUCAAUAAAUUGGUCAACGCCCAGCAUAACCCAGUCCGAGCACUCAAAAUCGAAGCAGAGAUUGCGAGACACAAGAUAAGGCAAUUGGAGUUUGUGAUUGAAAGAAGGAGCAACUACAAAUCUAAGCCGGUGGUGUAUGUUGAAGCUGUGCCGGUUGAGGAUUUGCAUGGGUGUACGGUUGAGAAUGAAGAAGGUUUGGAGGAGGUAAUAAGGGCGAAGGAACAGAAGGAAGAGGAUGAGAUGUACGAGGUCGAUCCUGGGCUGCAGGCGGAGAUGGAUGAUGUGUUUUGUAGGUUUUCGACGGCAUCGGAUGAGAGUGAUUCUGAUAAUGAAGAGGAGCAUUAUUCGUGCAUGGAGAGAGAUUCACCUCCCAACGAAGAUUUUAUGUCGACUCUUGUGAGUGGGUACACAUCGCUUACCGCCCACCCUAACACCAAUAUCGAGCUCUCAUGUAUGCCUGGCUCGUUUCCGUCCGAGCCGCUCAAUGCUGGAGAAGGAGAGGAUGUGGAUAUGUACGUCGAUCCCGAGGAGUGCAAGAAGAACAUCACCGUAUAUGUGGACCCGGAAGAACACGACGACGACAAUUUCACUGUGUUCGAAGAGCCUUCCCCCUUCAAUCAGGUGGACGACCUCAUCAUGUCUCCCAUGUCACCCGUGUCUCCCAUCUCCCCCCUUCCUAGCUGCACCAACGAAGCGGGUGGUAUCUGUCUCUGCAAUGAUUGCGCUAUUGAGGUAUACCUCUCAGAUGGCUCUUCAUCUACGGAGUACGAGCCUGAUUCGUCUGAGCAUUAUAUGGCUGUCUCUUCGUCUUCGGAGCGUGAGAGUGCUAUUCAUGGGCUUGAGUUCAAACCGGCGGGAUGGUAUGAUUUGUUUGGGCUGCAGGUUCCAUGGAUGGGUGACUAUGAGCCUCUGCCGAGGAUGGAGGAGGAUUUUGGGGUGUGUAUUGGGCCGUUUGUGUUGUUGGAGAGGGCGGCGGGGAUUUCGAUUGUAAGAUCGGAGCACUGAGAGUAUCGUGGGAGUUUUCAGAAGGGGCAUGAAUGGCGUUUUCAUGGAGUGUUCUUUUGUUUCGUUCUUUCAUGGCCUGGUUGUGUUUGACUUGAAGCUCAAGGGGAGUGUACGAUAUGGAAUGG